CCCAUCAUCUCUUGCAACUCCACAGCGUUCUCCGCCCCGAACUCCAACUCCCAUCAGGACCCGCAGCGCGGGGAGGAUGCUGGGACGGCACCGGGAGCGGGAAGAGGAAACCAUGGAGGAGAAGAUGCAGCGGAUUAUUUCGUGGCUAAAGGAAAUAGAUAAGAGUGAGCAUAUUCCAGAGUUUGAAGUGGACGCAAGGACCAUUGAUAUCUUGCACAAGAUUGUAGAAUGCAGUGAAGACGUGGACAGGGAUAUUUCUUUGCUGAUAAAGGACGUGGAGGAGAGAACAACAGAAUGUGAAGCAGAAACUACACGUCUGCAGAAUAUUCUCACUGAAAUCCUGGGUCUUAACCCAUCGGAUGUGUCAGGCAAAGCCAACAGCUACCUUGAGGUCCUGGUAGAAUGCGCGAUGGCACUUGAAACGAAGGACACUUCUAUUUCCAGCUUAUUCUGUGCCAUGGCUGACACGUCCGUGGCGCUGUGUGAAACAGAAUUGAAAAACCAAGAACUGGAAGCUGAAUUGAACAAAAUGGGGAAAAUACUACCCGCAGUGCUGAUGCUGGAACAGCAGUUGAAGGAGGAUCUCAAAAAAGCAGAGGAACAACUGGAAAGAGAUAAGGCCAAAACUGACAGACAAUCCCGGAACCUGAAGUUCCUGAAAGAUAAAAUGGAGGAUUUCAAAGUGAGGAUCAGUGCUGCAGAGGAGAAACUUGCUGAACUGGGGUUGGAGCAGUCUCUGAUGCAUGUCUCGCUCGUUCUCCUGUCUCAGAAACUGGCUGAUACGAAUAAAGAAAUUGAAGCUUUGGAGAAGGACGUGAGCGCCUUCCUAGAUCUACCUCCUAAUCCUUCCAUGGUACAAGUGAGGAUUGAAGAAGUAAAACAACAACUGAACACUGUGGAAGCAGAGUUGACAAAGGAGAUUAGUAGGAUGGUUGUGGACAUGGUGGAGCCCAGAAGAUCCCUACAGUAGCCUGUAUGGAAGAAGAUUUUCCCUUCUACUGUCUUAAUUUUUACAGUUUUCUGCCUUGCUGCUUUUGCUGUCGAAUGGCAACUUGUGGCCUUCCAGCAAGCAUGCUCACUUUUCAGGAUUCCUGUAGCCUUGCACUUGUAAACAUCACCUGUUUUUCAUAAGACAAACUCCAAACUUGCUGUUUCCUUUAUCAGUUCUUUUUCUGUAUCUGUCACAUGCCUGUAAGUGGCCUCCAGUAGGCUUCUUCACCAGAAGAUGUCGCUGCCAGGAUGUUGGUUGACAGCCGACUGAACGUGAGCCAGCAGUGUGCCCAGGUGGCCAAGAAGGCAAAUGGCUUGGAUCAGAGGCGGCGUGACCAGCAGGAACAGGGAGGUUAUUCUGCCUCUAUACUCACCACUGGUGAGACCGCACCUUGAGUACUGUGUUCAGUUCUGGGCCCCUCACCACAAGAAGGAUGUUGAGGCUCUGGAGCGUGUCCAGAGAAGAGCAACGAAGCUGGUGAGGGGCUGGAGAACAAGUCUUAUGAGGAGCAGCUGAGAGAGCUGAGGUUGUUUAGCCUGGAGAAGAGGAGGCUGAGGGGAGACCUUAUUGCUCUCUACAACUGCCUGAAAGGUUGUGGAGAGGAGGGAGCUGGCCUCUUCUCCCAAGUGACAGGGGACAGGACAAGGGGGAAUGGCCUCAAGCUCCACCAGGGGAGGUUCAGGCUUGACGUCGGGAAAAAAGUUUUCACGGAAAGUGUCAUUGGGCACUGGCAGAGGCUGCCCAGGGAGGGGUGGAGUCACCUUCCCUGGAGGUGUUUAAGGGACGGGUGGACAAGGUGCUGAGUGGUAUGGUUUAGGAAGUGUUAGGAAUGGUUGGACUCGAUGACCCGGUGGGUUCCGUCCAACCUAGUGAUUCUAUGAUUCUAUGGUUGACCAUUACCAUUUAGAAUUGAACCAAUCAAGGAGUUUGGAUUUCUUCUUUUUCCCUGUCCAGGCUCUGAAUUGUGCUUUUUCCUGGAGUCCUCUCUUUGGUGCAAGUAUGGUGAAGGCAGAUUUUCGUUACAUCCACCGGAUCAUUGGCUUUCACUCCCUUGUUUUGUGUUCUGUGUUAGGUUUGUCUGUAGAUCCCAGUGUGCAAAGACAGAACCGCUAAAUCAAAGUUCAAUCAAAUACAUUUUAUUGUUCAAAUAACCUAUUACAUCUGGCUACAUAAAAACUUACCAGCUUACGGACUCAUGAAUUGGUGUCAGUCACUGAGCAGGAGAAGGAGAUGGAGAACAGUCCUUGGACAGUCUGAGUUGAUAGAUACUGCACCUUCAGGGCGUCCCAUGGUAAUAGGCAUGCGUGUAGUCCUUCUCCCCUCUCACCCAUCCAGUCCAGCUCCUUUUUUUUCCUCUUGGGGACUGCAAAAAGCGUUAGGAGCAUCACCCUCCCCUCACAGGGCCAGUGUGAGAGCAGCUGAGUGCCAACUUGUUUGUCCUAAGCUAACAGCGAUUACGACACCAUGCCCUAUUCCCAUAACACCUUUCCUGGCUACUCAUGCUCCUUGGGCUCUGCUUCAAAGUCUUGUAAAUACCAGGCAGUUCCAACAACUUUUCUACUUUUUUUAUCCAAUUCCCUGCCUGUUAUCUGCCUAGUUUCUCACCACAAGCUGGCUAAGAAUUGCCGCUUAAGCUAAUUCACCUCUAAAAUUCAACUGUAUGAUACUUUAAUAAUACAUAUAUAUCAUUUGUCUGUAUAUAAGGCAUGUCCAGCAAUGGACAAUUAUUUAUUAUCUCUGAUACAUGUUCUUUUGUCAUUUCAGGGUUAGGCACACUUUUUUUUUUUCCUACUCAUAACAUGUCUGAUGUUUACCGAGUUUGUGAAGAGUUCUAGACACAAGGGCUGCUUAGCUUGGGCAUUUUCUUCAAACAAAAGUGAACAGUUAAACUUCUCCUUGCAGGUAUUUGAUGUGGAGAUCGAAGUGCAUGGCAUGGAAGUUGUUAUUUAGGGCUUGGAACAGCAGUUCCCAUUGCCUUGUUAAGCCUUGCAGCAUCUGGGACAGCUCACAAAGGGUAUUUUCUUGUGUGUGUGAUGGCUGGCUGCCUUCGUGGAACCAGGCGGAGCUCUGGCUUCUUUCACAUGGGUCACAGUGUUGGCCUCAAGGACAAGCAAACUGUGCUGCUCACAUGGGUGAGCGCUGAGGUGAGGUGUGGCAGCAUCAGCCACCUGGGGCUCUGCAGUUCCAUUGUCACCUGAGGAAAUUGAAGCCCAUGGCACUAACUGGUCCAGUUUGCCCAUG